UAGUGAGCGCGAAAACCUACCGACCUACCUGCCAAGCGGCUCUAUGGCCCCAGCUGCAAGAACGGAAAUGGAGGGUGCUUUGACGGGUUGGCGUCAGAGGCUCCCUAACUUCCGGUAGCGUGCGAGUGGCGAAGUGGGGGGAGGGACUUUUUUGGCCAGAGGCGGGGCUGAGGCCUCCUCUGCGCCGCCCGCCAGCAAGGCCUCCCCCCCACUCGGGCACAUACUCAACCCCCCCAGCAGUCCCCCCCCUUUCUUUGUGGGACGGAGUUUGGUAAUUUUUGCCCCCCCCCGCGCACCUUUACCCACGCACACAGGCGAGGAACUUUGUGAGGAGGAGGAUAGAAAGAAGAGGAGCCAUGGCUGACAGAACAGCCUCGACUCUCUCCGAGUCAGGCUGGUACCUGUCAGGUGAAGGAAUUGAAGCUUGCACAAAUUCAUCUGACAAAGUCAACAUAAAUGACAUUAUCCUGAUUGCACUAAAUACAGAUUUAAGAGCCAUUGGGAAGAAGUUCCUCCCAAGUGAUAUCAAUGGUGGCAAGGUGGAAAAGCUGGAAGGCCCAUGUGUUCUGCAGAUCCAAAAAGUUCGCAAUAUAGCUGCACCAAAGGAUAAUGAAGAAUCUCAGGUUGCUCCCAGAAUGCUGCGUUUGCAGAUGACUGAUGGGCACACAAGCUGCACUGCAAUAGAAUAUAAUUACAUGUCAAAAAUAAGUCUGAACACUCCUCCUGGAACAAAAAUUAAACUGUUGGGAAUUGUAGAAGUGAAAAAUGGGUUCCUCCUUCUGGAUGACAACAACACAGUGAUACUUGGAGGUGAAGUGGACCAUCUUAUAGAAAAGUGGGAGUUGCAAAGGAGCUUAUCAAAACAUAACAGAAGUAACAUAGGAACAGAAGGUGGACCUCCUCCCUUUGUGCCUUUUGGGCAGAAAUGUGUAUCUCAGCUGCAAGUGGACAGCAGGGAGCUUGAUCGGAGAAAAACUCUGCAAGUGACAAGCGUGGCUAAACCUGUUGGAGACAAUGAUGAAUUUGAAAAACAGCGAACAGCUGCUAUUGCAGAAGUAGCAAAAAGCAAAGAGACUAAGACAUUUGGAGGAGGUGGCAAUACUAGAAGCAAUCUCAGUGUGAGUGCAGGAGGAAAUCGAACCAGGGAAGUGUUCCAAAAAGAGAAGAUGAAACCCGAGGGGAAAAAUGAAGGUGUUUAUCGGGAACUGGUUGAUGAAAAGGCUCUCAAACACAUAACAGAAAUGGGUUUCAGUAAGGAAGCAGCAAGGCAAGCACUUAUGGAUAAUAGUAACAACCUUGAAGCUUCAUUAAACUUUCUUCUGAACAGCAAUAAACAGAUGACUGUACAAGGACCACCUCUUAGAGGCAAAGGAAAAGGCAGAGGUCGAAUACGACCUGAAGAUGCGGAAGAACUGGGAAAUGCCAGGCCAUCUGCUCCAAGUACGCUGUUUGACUUUCUGGAGUCUAAAAUGGGUACUCUUGCAGUAGAAGAACCAAAGCUACAUAUAUCACUGCAGCAUCAGGGACAACAGAGAGUAAUGAAUACUGAACAAAAUGGCAUAAAAAUAUAUAACCACCAAAUGCAUGUUCCUCGAAAUGACACUAGACAGCCAAGGAAUGAGAAGCCACCUCGUUUUCAGAGAGACAGUCAAAAUUCAAGGCACGUCAUGGAGGGGAGUGGAUUAAUGAGAGCCAGAGCUUCCGACAGACAAAAUUCUUUGGGCCCUGAGCAAUGGGUUGAAGAGAGAAAUAGAUGUGAUAGAUUUUAUCCUCGAAAAGAUAUUGCAUAUCCCACAGCUGUUCACCCAGGUGACUUUCAUUUCAAGAGGAGGGACAACCCUGUGCAAAACAGACAAGGAAAAGUUGCAUCACUCAUGGAAACAAAAGAGAACUCGGCUGCUCAAGAUACAUCUGACAGCAAUAAUCAGAAACAGGGAAGUAGGGAAAGUCAGAUACACCAUCCUGACAAUUUCUAUGAUAGGAAAACACUAAUGCUAACAAAUGAAAGUUUAACCAGCUUACAAAAUGAGCAGCACUUUGGUAUGAACAUAGAUUAUCAAAAACCUGUUAGAACUGAUCAUUUUAGUUCUGUACCGAAUGGCGAUGUGGAACAUUUUCAGAAAGGAAGGAGAGUUGGACCUAUUAAAAUGCCUGCACCCAACCUGACCACAUCAUUUGAUGUCAAAAUGUACUAUGAUACUGGGCCCAAAAAGAGAUCUGGGCCCAUCAAACCAGAAAAAAUGAUGGAACCAUCUAUUUCAGGAGAGUAUGGGAAAAGCUGGCAACCAGGGGAUGAAUGUUUUGCUCUUUACUGGGAAGACAACAAGUUUUAUCGGGCAGAAAUUGAAGCUCUUCAUUCCUCCGGGACAACUGCAGUUGUUAAGUUCUGUGAUUAUGGAAACUAUGAAGAGGUGUUACUAAGCAACAUCAGGCCCAUUCAAGCUGACACCUGGGCACACCAAAAUCACUCCUCUCACCUACUAAGUCAUAUUGUGGGAGCAGACCCUCUUGGUGAUGGACACAGAAGCCAUGAUUUCCAAAGCACUACAAAUCUUGACUUGCCACUACCUAGGUUUGGUUGAUAAAGGGAUAAGUCUGCAUCUCAAGAAUUUCCACCAUUUCCCCAGGCUAUACACGAAGCUCAAGUUUCAUCUUCCCUUCAGCCAGUCCUAGAGAAGCUAAGACUGUUCUUCCCUUGUUUGGCACCCAGUCCUAAACAUGCAGAAUUUAAUAGGAUUCAAGUGAAGCCUAGGUCAUCAGGCUGACAAUAUUCCUUACCUUGUCAUUCAAUUCUUUUGUAUUAGGAACUGAUUUUACUCUUCUUGAAACAGUUGUACACCACAAUUUGGUUUGCUGCUUUCUGGGAUCAAGAAUGUCUUCUGGAUCUUGGAUAGCCUGAGAGUAUUAGCAGUGCAGUACUUGAGAAAGAUCCCUGGAACUUGUACCCAGGAAGUCGCAUCAGUUAUCAGUACUCUUGCUCCCUUCAUACCAUUAACACUGCAGAUCAUCAGGUUCCAGCAUGAGCCAUUUUUGUCAGGGAUGGGAAUGUUCACCAUCAUAUUACCAUCACAGAUAUUUUCUGGACCACAGAGAACCUUGCUUGCAUUAAUUGGUGGCAGCAAUGGUCUCAAAUUCCCCUCACACAAUAACAUUUACAGUAGCCAAGGAAUCAGCUCCUACCUCUAUUUUGGCUUCAUCACAAGCCUUAGUGUAGGAUCAAGCAUCCUGGUUAAGGUCCAUUGAACUUACGCUGACUACUUACUCGUAUGCCCUAGACUCUUGACCCUGUCACCUGUGAAGGACUCAGUCUUCCAGUUGGUUCACUCAGAUACUCCUGCACCGAUUGUCAUGCCCAUGGUACUCACUUUGCUCGUGGUUGCUUUGGAGUAAUGGUGAAAGCUCUCUUCUAAGCAUCCUGCAUCUAGACAGCUGGAGAAUUUGUAUAGGAAAAUUUUCAAGCAUCCAGCCCCAAAUUCAUUUUCGUGGAGGCCACAUGAGAGGUCACAACAAAAGUUCAGCUGUGCCUUGAUGGACCAUGAAGGAAGAAAGUUGGACAUUAAGGGAAAAGAAAUGCCACUUCAUCACUGCCCUCUGCAUAUAAUAUGUAUUCACAAAGUGCAUGACUGUUGUCACUGCACACUUUGGAUGACCAUGCUCAUCUGCUGUCUAGCAGUCCUUGAAACCACAUUGAGUUGACUACCAAUAUGUUUGUUGGACCCAGCCGCUCAGCCAAAUAGUAAAACUCAUAGGGCUAAUGGCUUUGACAGUGUCACCCCUUUAUCUGUCUGAGGAGGCACCUUCUUUAGCAUUGGCUCCUAGAUAUGAUCCAGCUAAGAGUGAACUCCCAUACCAAGUGUUUUGUCCCACCUUUAGGAGUUUGGUGGGUGAUGAAUGCAAAUGAUCAACCUGCUCUGCUCUUUUUACACCUCAGGCUUCAACUUGUGUACUUGCCACAAACACAUACAUGGGGGGGGCACAUUGUGGGACUCAUGUUUAAGGCUGUGUGUGUGUGAGUAGAGUCGAGCCUUCUCAUAUAUGCCCCCAAGCUACUUGGCCAUCAUCAAAGCCUCUGGAGCUUUCAGGAUCUUCCUUUGGGGUCAGACCAUCCAGGUGGCUGCUGACAAUGUGUCCACUAUGUUCUACAUAUAUAACCAAAGUGGUACUGGACUGAGGAUUCUCCUACCCUUACACUGGAGUUGUGGGACUGGUGUGUAUCCAAUUUUGUGUCUCAUAUGGUAAUUCAUCUUGCUGGCAAAGUCAAUAACCCAGCAGACCAUCUCAACCACACUAUAUUGCUCUGGUGGAUGGGCCCUUGUGCAGUGUGGCUGUCGAUUACCUGUUUUGCUACUGGCAGAUGCUGCAGGUAGAAGUUUUUGCCAUCCUCACCAACAGGUAGUGCUGAUAGUUCUGCAAUCAGGAGGGCAUGAACAGGAGAUCUCUGAGGAUUCUUUCCUCUUGGACAUCUAUCUGGUGAGGGGUCUACAAAUUAUGGCUGGAUUUGGUAAACAAACAUUAGUUUCUACUAGCCAGCUGUGAAAUCCAUCCCCGUCAUGAUAUGGCAACAAUACUAUAUACAUUUGUCAACGCAGAUAUUAUCUGACAAAGUUAUAUAACUCAUUUUGUAAUCUAGGGGUGGGUAACUUUUUUUUGCUCUAGGGACAACAUUCCAGUGGUGGCUACGCCCAAGACAAAAGUAGGUGUGGUCAAAGCGGUGAAGCUACUCCACGUACACAAUCCACACAGAGAGAGAGACACAGACAUUCCUCUUCACUGCUGUUCAUCUCUUUCACCUAGGCAUUGAGGGAAGAUCACGAGACCUCCAUGGUUUCCUAGUGAUUCCCCUCCCACAAUUGAUUCUCCCCUAUGUGUCGCUGAUAAAAUGGCAAAGAGGAUGCUGGUUCUUUGAGAACCACAGCUUCAAAGUGUUCAAGGUACCUUGAGGUGGUGCCUCCCAACAUAUCCACCUUCCCUUGCUUUUCAUGACUGAAAAACCAAGGGCUGAAGAACUGCCAUUGGGAACCGCCACUUGAAAAGGCUCCAGGCACUUUGAGGUGGUGGCUCCCAAUAGAGCUGGCUUCCCCUGCCUCUUGCCUUUCCCAAGAAAGGCAAGGAAAGCUUUGGAAACUGUUGCUUCAAGCAUUGUCUAAAGGAAGAGGUGGGUGAAGCUUCCAGUUUGGAACACCAUUUGGGAGAUUGGCGAGCUGGAUCUGGCUUGCUGGUUACUAGUUCCCUGCCCCUGCUCUAAUCCUGUACAUACUUAAGUGGAAGUAAGCCCCAUUGUACUCAUUAGGGAGUACUUCUGACUAGAGAGCACGAAUCUUUGAGUGCACUAUCAAUUAUGUAAAAUAACAAGCACAUGAUUCAUUUAUGUGAUUCAUUACACAGCUUUUGACAUUUCUCUGUCUCCCCCCCACCCCACAUACUGCUUUCACAUUUGUAGGACUAUUCUUCUGUUAGACUAAGCUUUUUUGUGCAAUGACUGCAGUCCUGUGCAUAUUUAACUUGGGUGUAGGCUCCUUUGAACUCAGGGGUGCUUACUUUUGAAUGCAUAGGUUAAUUAAUGCAACAUAUUGAGCUUUAACAAAUACACUUCUUCAGCCUGCUGAAAUGCAACCUUUAGCUUUUAAUCAGAAAAGCAAACAAUCUUACAAAUAGGUGUUAGCAUUCAAAUGGUUCGCCUGAACGUUCGCAAUCAGGAGAAACACUUUCAGUUCUCAAAGUGACUGCAAAGGUUGCAGACUGAAAGAAACAAGUUCCAACCCUCCACUCCCCCAGGUUUAUUUUUAAUUAGGGUUCUCUGAUUGCUACAAUUGAUUAGCAUAGAUAAAAUAACUGAACAAGUGAGCUACUACAGAGAGAUUGGCUCCACUUUCUCUGACUGGUUACUCAGGCCAGGGCCAGCGCCAGACUAGCGGGCCCUUGGCCAGUGCCCAACCUGGCCGUCCCCUGGUGUCAGGCCUGACCCAGGCAUUUGAUGGAUGAAGGAGACUGUUCCUGGCAACCCAGAGAUCACUGAACAGAAUAAAGUUUUUAUUUGCAAUUUUUUUAAAAAAAUGUUUUUAUAUAUAGCUGUGUUUUAGAAUGUUUUAACUGUAACUUUUUAGAAAGUUUUUUGGGUGUGUGUGAAAUUGGUUUGUUUGCCACCCUGGGCUCCUUUCAGGCGGAAGGGCAGUAUAUAAAUUUAAUAAUAAAAAAUAAGUAAAUAACACCAUUUGAAUUUUAGCUAAUCUGCCAAGAACUAUAGUAAAACUUGAAAGCCUCAUCAUAACCCCAUGGAUUUGGCAGGUGUGGGAGGCUGUAGCCACCAUUACCUUGGCAGCUGAUUCAGGACAGUAUUCAACUAAAUUCUUGUGUUAGCGGGCUGACUUCGUGCAAGGGGAUUUCCUCCCUGUCCUCCCCCUGCAUACGUUUCCAUGUUGUUCCCAAAUGUGCUCCAGAGAGUUGGGGAAACCCCAGGAACAGAUUUAGGGGGAAAGUGGGAGAACAUUCCAUUGCUCAAAAAAAAAAAAUCAUUGUGUUGAUGGGAUGUUCAAUUUAGUGCUAUGUUGAAUACAACCUUUUGUCAAAAUCUCUGGCCAGCAUGCCCUGUUCUUCAGACAGCCUAGUCCAGUGUGCUCUUCCCCUUUUCAGCUGUAAUGAAGGCCCCAGUGAGGGUCUGCCAGUGAUGACUCAGUACUUCCUGGUUUAUCAGCAGCAACAGCAUCUAUUACCUGCCCUUCACUCAAAGCAGGGUGACUUACAACAAUGUUAAAAUAUGACAAUGUAAACAAUUUAAAAACAUCCUGAAAUCCCGAAAUAGUGUGGGUCCUAAAAAUACAUGUCUCAGAUGUCAAAGGCCAGUGACAUUGUCAGACAUACCUCUGUGGGUAGGGAGUGCCACAACUUAGGGACCAACACAGAGAAUGCCAUCUCCUGGGCCACCACCACCCCGAGUUUCUGAGAGCGAUGGAACUACCCAAAGGGCUUCCUCUUCUGAUCUCAACACCCAAGAGGGUGUGUAGGAGCCUCCCAGGGCCAAUGGCAGUCCACAUGCACCCUACAAGAAUCAUUGCAACUAUCCACAUUUGUCUGAUACAAUGAUCUAGAUGUUUAGCUUCAGGAAGAUGCCUUUUUCAGACAGGCUGUGCUGAACUUGUCAUUGUCUAGCACUGCCUGUCCUUCCACUGGGUAAGUCAGCUUGCUAUUCUACCAUAUGUGAAACUGCAGAGACUGUGAAGAAGUAAAACAGAUUGCCUAUGUGUAACUGCUUCUUUGAGCAGUUAUCUGUGCAGUUACACAAAUCACACUGCUUCCCCACUACAGGUGUUUUCUUGCUCUCACUCUGCUGCUUCUUUAUAUAAUGGUGGUAGUUGACCAUUAGGAACUGAGGUGGGAGUCACACUCCUUUGAGUGUGUGUACUGAGGGCAGGAGGAAGGCUUCCCACCAAAACUUUCACCUAGCUCUAGGAAUUUCCAAAUGUUGUUAAUUACAGGUGUAGAACCCAUAUGAGCAACUGCACAGAUGCUCACUUGAAGAUCCACAGUUACAAGUAAGCACUCUGUUUAUCUUUGGUUUUCUAAACUCAUUUCUAGCAUUCCCUUAAAAUUGUUAAAAUUAGUUUUCCUAGAAUUUCACUUCCUGUAUUCUGACAAUCCUAAUUAGUCAUCUCAUGAAGGCUUUUGUUCAGCUGCCUGUCUACUUGUGCAGCCUUUAUACAGGCUCUAGUCAUGAAAACCCUAUUAAUAGGGUCGCCAUAACUCAGAAUCAACUUGAAGGCAGUACAUGUACAUUUUAGACAUAGAGGCUAGAGACAAGGAAGUGGUUUAAUGCCCAAAUCAGGCCCAAAGUUUGAGUUUAAUGAAAGAAUACCAACCUUAUGCAUGAGUGCCUGCAGCUGAGAAAAAAUAGGUGUAUCAGGCCUAUUAAAACUUGUUUUAUAGACAAGCAUAACAGUGGCAUUCUCAAUGAUGGAAAAUGCCCAUCUUUAUACAGAACCUUUGGAGACAACUCAGUCAAAUAAGUCUCUCCUUAAAAAGGUUUGCUAACUGAUUCAUCCAAGUCAAGAACAGAUAUCUGUCCAAAUAUCUUCUAGUAUUCAAUCUGUGGCCUUUGGCAGGAUCAAGAAAAAUUAAGCCGAGGAACUGGGCCAAGUUGGAGCCAUGAUGCGGGGCUAGGUUCACUCCAGUGGUGCUGCUGGGAUAUGCUAAAUAUGCUUAGUUGUUUUGUAAAAUACAAGUCAUAGUGGCCUUCAGCCAAUUCUUCAUGUGUGUAGGAACGCUGGGUAUAGUAAUAUUCACUGAUAGGCAAAAACCCUUGCGGUCUAAGAAUGUACCUAUAGCCAACAGAUAUUUCCAUCAAACUUUAAAGAGUUGGGCAGCUAUAGUGAAUGCACCAGGGGAGCAGGAGACCUGACCUCCUCUCUUUGAUAUUGUACUGCCCUACAAAUCUGUAAAAAUGCAAGCACAAUUUGGGUUGGUCUUUCACAGAUGCAGCGGCGACUGAGAGAAAAGCGUUGGCUUCUACCAUCCUUUAGCCUUAACCUAUAUGCUGUGUUUCAGCUGAUUUGGCACAGGUUUCCCACCAUUGUUUUAUCAAUCCCCGAACCUUUGCCAAUUCAGGUAUUCAACCAAGCCUUUAAGUGGAGAGGUAUUGCUAUCAGUAGCCUCUGAAUUGAAAAAAAAAUGUGUUUAAUUCAUAGAGGUCAUUUAAAAUUGUCUUCUACUCAUACAAUGAUCUGAACCCUUUGUAAUCUGAACUUUACAACAUAAUGAUCUGCCAAGACAAAUGGAUUGUCUGCAACUCCCACAUCGCUGAUCUCAAAGACUGUACAGAACAGCAAAAUCAGUGCGAACUUUGCUACAUCUUUUUGGCUACUACUGAGCCGGGAUAAUACCAUGAUGGUCAGUGUGGCCAUAAAGUUCUAUCUCACUAGAUAUGGUAUGUGGUGCAAUGUGACCUAGCUACCACUGUGCCACAAACUUUGAUAUGCCUAUCUGCUUCACUAGACAAAGUAGCUUUGGAAAUAAGCUUGAGACACAUCACCAGAUUGCUAGGAGCUGCCUAUAAACUUUUUUACUUUCUUCUCUCCCCCCGUUCUUGUUAAAUUGUUUUGUUUAUGUUUGCCUCCCAGAGUUCCUUCAGGAGGAAGGGCAGGAUAUAAAUUCAAUAAUAAAAUAAAUAAAUAGAAAAGAAAUCUCUGUUUCUUGACAAUAUCCUCAUUUUGCGCUGACUGGAAUAAUCUAUGCUAGAAGUGGUCCUCUAGGACUUAUUCUAUCCAGAUCUCAGUGACAAAAAUCAGUCAGUAGCCUCAUCCAGAAUCAUCAUAAAUCAGUGUGGUAUAAUGGACAGUGUGUUAGGCUUGGACCAGGAUGAACUGAUUUUGAAUCCCUGCUCAGCCAAAAAGUUCACAGACUUUGAGCCAGUCACAAUGUCUCAACCUCACUGAUUUUUACACUGAGUUGUGAUGAUAACGGAUGAGUGUGGAGGGAAGCCAUGUACAUUGACUUAAGUAUCUAUGUGGUUCCCACUCACCCUACCCAUUUUAUCCUCACAACCCUUGAGGGAAAAGUGAUAUGUAUUGUUUUCGACUGUUGAUAUGGAGAUAAAACAAAAAAACGCCAAUGCAUCCGAGCAGAACUGCAUACAGAAAUCAGCCACAUAUC